UUCCCGGGUGUGGGCAGCGCUUCCGGCCCCGCCGCUCUACUCAGUUGGUGUGACCGGUGCGUGCAGCGCUUAGUGUUCUCCGUCACAUAGACGCACUUACGGCCGCGUGUGCCAAGUGUCUGCAAUAUGGCCGAGCCCAACGAGAAGAGCCUUGACGACUUCUUUGCUAAGAGGGACAAGAAAAAGAAGAAAGACAAGGGAGGCAGUUCGGCCGUCAGCAAGGGGGCAACGAGGACGACUGACGGGGCACAGUCUGUGCUAACGUCACUGAGUGGAGCUGCCAAGAGCUCCAGGAAAGAGAAGUCUAACAGAAGUGACGCGCAAGACCAGCAGCAGGAGAAGGUAGAUGAUGAAUGGAAAGAAUUUGAGCAAAAAGAAAUUGACUACAGUGGCCUAAGGAUUCAUUCAUUGCAAAUAAGCAAUGAAAAGGAAGAUGAUGAAAAUGAGAAGAAGGAAGAACAGGGUGCGGACUGGGAAGAGAGUGGUGGCAGCGGCUCGGACAAGACCUCGGGUCCCUGGAAUAAAACUGCACCUCCUCCUCCUCCUGCAAGUGUUGUUACAGAAACUCCGGAACCUGCACAGCCCUCUGGGGUAUAUAGACCCCCUGCUGCCAGAAUGUCGGCUCCACAACGAAAACCACAAGGGCCACCAGAAAUCUUUAGUGAUGCCCAGUUCCCAUCUUUACAAUCCACUGCCAAGCAUAUAGAAACCCGCAGGGAUAAAGAAAUGGAGAAGACAUUCGAAAUUGUAAAACAUAAAAACCGCGCCAGAGAAGAAGCUACGAAGAAUCAGGCUCUUCAGCUUCAGUUAGACAACCAGUUUGCAGUUCUUGGUGAACAAUAAAGCUGCAAAAACAUUUAACACAACUUUGUAAACUUGCCCAUAAGGAAAACAAACUACAGCUGUUGGACUUGAGAUCAUCUGAACUGUCUGAUCUUCUCCCCUGUGCACUGGAUGAAACAUGUGACUCGAUCCUCCAAAGUUCCAGAUUAAAAACUUUCCUUUUUUUUUUCUCUUGCUACAUGAACCCAACCCAUUAACCCCCCCCCACACACACACACACACACACACACACACACACACACUGCCCCUCCCUUGCUUUGAAUUUGGGAACAUGUUGAGGCUGUGAAAGUUGAACAAUAAUUCCUAUUGGUUGUAAACCUUGCACAUUUAGAUGGAGAAUGAAAAAGCAGCUUUCAGUGGUUAUUAAAAUCUUUUUAUGCUGAGCCUUCACCAUGGUUGACUACCUCAGUUUUGCUACGCCCAUAGUAAACACCACAUGGAUGACUAUCUCUUACACACAACCGAGAUUGUAUGUUUUAAAAUGGCUGUAUUGGGACAGGGAGUGGAUGGGUUACUAGAUUCCCCUUUCUGUUUUGGUACACCUACAAAGACAAAAUUGCCUCCUUUUUUACAUUGUCUGCUUCAUGUGUCAAUCAGUUAAGUGACCUUAAAGAGAUUUAGUGUAGACCAUUUAAUGGCUUCUUCAUGGUUUUUAUGUAGAUGGGUAAUUGAUAAACAGGUCUUCAUAGAAUCUUGUGCAAAGCUGUAGUUUGUUGCCUUCCAGAAGCAAGGAAAUGACAAAUUGGCUUACCAGACUAAUGGGAAGUUGCAUGAUAACUAUUACAAUACCAUAAUUUGUCCCUUCACGAUCUUAAUGAAGCUUCAAUAUAUAGGUUUCCUUCUCUUACAUCUUCAGUGUACGACCGGAUCUCUGUACUUUAUAGGGGGUAAAAGGGAGUUGCAAGGUACCAUUUCAUCAACUAGCUUGAUAGGUUACUUGGUUCUUAAAAAUUGAUGGCCUAUCUUCUAAGCACCUCCACUAACAGAUAUAGCCCACUAAAACUCCCAUGCUCCUUUAAAUAGCUAAUUGUCUGAGAUGUCGAUUCUUUGACUCCCACCGAUCUAAUAUUGAUGGUUUAGACCGAAUGCUCACGGCUGUGUGCGCAUUCGGCCUUAUUCUAUGGUUAGACUGGUCAAUUUUAAUGAACUAAAUCGGUCCUUUUAAGCAAAGUAUGACUUUAGUCAGAAUUAUCAGCCUUCUAAAUAUUUGAAAUAUGGGAGUUUAAGAAUUCCAGUUGACAACAUGCUUGUUUUGUCAGGUUUUAAAGAUUCUCUCCUGUUCCAUGUUGAACAAAAUCUGGAAAUGGCUAUUUUUGAUUGUGGGUGUUCAAGUUUAAAUCCACAAAACAUAUGCAUUCUGUGAUCGUUGCGUACAGUGCAGUUACCAACUAUGGGUGGGAUCAUAGCAGAAAUAUGUAUGUUAUAGGAAUUGGGAAUAUUAUUAAAAGGAGUACUAACCUAAAACAGUUCAUUACUAUACAGUUGAAUACAGUUGGUCUGUAAGCAUCCAUUAGAGGCUUGGCAGAGGCUAGUUGUGGUGAUCAUUGGUCUCCCCCCCCCCCCCCCCCCCCCCUUCUUCUAUCUGGCUCUCUGGCAUAAACUGCUUGACUUUGGCUAUAACACUCUUUUUUAGUAUUGUACACAAUAGUAGUAUGAGUUUCUGGUUUUACAACCUAAAGGGGGUUUUCUGCCCAACUUUUUUUUGGUGAGUAAUAGUUAUUUUAGUGAGCUGUCAACACCACUAAGAUCACAUGUUAAGAUGACAUGUAAUUGCUGGAGCUGCAAAAACAAGGGAAGAGUCUGCAUGGGAUGCAAUGUAUUAUUCUGUACAUUGUUUUAUAUCAUUGACAGCUGUCUAUAAAAUGUUGGCUUAAAGGGAUUGUCUCACUUCAGUAAGUGGCAUUUAUCAUGUAGAGAAAGUUAAAACAAGUCACUUACUAAUAUAUUAGCCAUAUUGCUUUCUUUGCUGGCUGGAUUCAUUUUUGUCACAUUAUACAUGGCUCGUUUUCAUAGUUAUAGACCACCGUGCAAUCAAUCAGUGGUGGUGGUCGUGCUUGCACAAUAUAGGAAAAAGCCUGGCCUAUAUGUGCUCCCAUGGUCCUGGCCACCAGAGAGGCUGAUGCUUUUUUCCUGUGCUAGUGCUUGCACACCAUCACUGAUGGAUUGCGGGGUGGUCUGUAACCAUGGAAAUGAGCAGUGUAUAAUGUGAUAGAAAAAUGAAUCCAGCCAGCAAAGGAAGCAAUAUGGAUAGUAAGUGGCUUGUAUUAAAGGGAACCGGUCCAUCAACUUUACGGUGACCUCACUGAGGACAACAUAAUGUAGUGACAGAAAUGCAUCAGUGUGUCUCUCAUGAGCUAAUAGUAAGUGGUUGCCGAGAACCAGCUUUAUAAUCAUUACAUCCUAGGCCUUGAAAAGAGUCAAAUCUACCUGAGAAGUCAUGGUUAUUCAGAAUUAACUGCACUUCCUGCUCAUCUGCUGCUGAUUGGCAGUUCUCUCCUAGAGAGAAAGGGAGAAAACUAGGUAGAAGACUGUCGGUCAUUAGCAGGUGGGCAGGGAAAGCAAGAAUCCAUGAAUAACAAUGACUUUUCAGGUGGCUGUGACUUUUCCAGGCCCAGUCUGCAAUGACUGAUGUUAGUUCUCUGCAACCACUUACUUUUUAAAUGAAAGACUGCUGAAAUCAACUCGCCUGUCUACUAAAUGCUGCCUUUAGUAUGGGCAGCAUAAAGUUGAUGACUGGUUCCCUUUAACUUUUUCUCUACAUAAGUGCAACAUACUGAAAUGGGAACCCCUUUAAGGAACUGUUGGAUAUAGUCUUGACAGCACUUGUAUGUUCAUUAACUCCUCUGAUUUGUUUCUGAAAGGUUGGUAUUAGAACCGUGUAACAAGUAUAAGUAGGGACACCACAGCAUAAUGUAUGGUUGCCAUUCAGAACUUGUGCCAGCAAACAUUAGUUCCUUGAUGCAGGUAUAUAAUUUAUAUAAAGAAGCUGAAAAUGUUAUUUAUGUGAAAUGUGUGAUAUACUUCAAUAGUUUCAUUUCCUAUGGUAUAUUUCAAGCAGAAAACAUUUUUUUAAAUUCAAUUCUGGUUCCAUUUUAGAGAAAUUGUUACAAAACAUGUGAAUCUAGGUUUUUAUCAUACUGUGUAAUGGAAAAUUGGACGGUCCAUAAAGAGGGUCUUGGGCACGGACUGGGCAAAAAGACAACCUAAAUAAAAACUAUGAUUGAAAUAA